AUACUUGCAUCAAUUCUAUAGCUCGUAGUAUACUGUACUGGCACUUCAACUCUCUCUAGUUCUUUUCUCACACUAAAUAACACAUGAAUCUGGUCCCUACGCCUCUGCAAUUUACCUGCAAACAAAGAAUCCAAAAAAACGUUGUAGCAGACGUUUGACGACCAACGUGGACUCCUCUGCGCACCUGCUGACUAGUAUUUCGACAUUAUAUUACUUACUAGCUUAUAUAAAUGAGCUAACAGACAAUACUACAAACCCCAAAGCUAGCUAGCUAGCUACCUCUUGGCUCUUUCUCCCCCUAAUUCAAUUCAAACCUUCUAUUAUUUCUUACAUUUCCCUUUCAACUUACUAUUCCCCUCUUUACCCUCCCUAUAUACACUUGUGCUCUCUAUAAACUCCUCGUUCAUUUGAGGAAGUAGCUAGAUUGUAGAGAACAAAAAAAAAAUGAUGCAUCGUUGUAGUGGGAGUGUGGUAGGUCCUUGUUCGUGCGGUUUGUUUCAUAGCCAAACCGGCACUACUACUACUACUUCAUCUGCGUUCUCGAUGCUCUUCUCUCAUAACCAUCACACUACAUUUGAUCAUGAAUGUUCAGAAAACAUGUACUCUUUUGCCCCUUCUUCAUCUUCUGUGGAUUGUACUCUCUCUUUAGGGACUCCUUCCACUCGUCUUACCAAUUUGGAAAAUGAAAAGAAAUUAGUUUACUCUAAUGAUCAACGUCGUCGUUCCUCAUCCAAAUGCAUGUCCAACUUCUGGGAUAUUCUUCACCCCAAACAACACAUGACUACUCCUUCUUCCGCUCACAAGUCCACUCGUGGCGGUAGCAAUGGCAGCAACAACUCUAAUACUGAUCCCCUUGUGGCUCGCCGCUGUGCUAACUGUGACACCACCUCUACACCUCUAUGGAGAAAUGGCCCUAGAGGCCCCAAGUCACUAUGCAAUGCGUGUGGAAUUCGUUUCAAGAAGGAAGAGAGAAGAGCGAGUGCAGCAGCAGCUACCGCUAAUGGUGGAGGAGGAAUAGAGACUCAUCAACACAUGAUAAACAGUAGUACUACUUCAUGGGUUCAUCAUCAACCCCAAAAAAUGCCUUGUUUCUCUUCAGCUAACUAUGGAAAUGAGUUCAGGUUCAUAGAGGAUAAUGACCACCACCGCGACUCCGAUACCGCCGGCAUUUCCUUUCUCCCUUGGCGUCUCAGUGUUGCUGAUAGGCCUAGCCUUGUUCAUGACUUUACUAGAUGAAAAAACAAAAAAAUUAAAUUAGGAUCAAGCUUUAAUUAAAUUUCAAGAGAAGAAGAAAAAUGAUAUGGUGAUGGUGGGCUAUGGUUGAAGAAAUUCUUUCUCUUUCAGAUGUUACUCUUUUUUGGUCCAUCGUCUUUCAUAUAGAGAUGGAGUGAAAAUGAGUUAAUUCUAUGUUUUUAUGUUUGUUGGCUUUUCCUCCUUUUGGAUACUACGAGUCGUUUUAAUUACUCAGCUCCUAGCUAGUAUCUUUAACUUUUCACUUUGAUGAUGAUCAGUCAAUAUAUAUUACUUAUAUAGUAAGGAGUAGUAUCACUUUUUUUUUUACUGUUAGUCCUCGUCAUGUAUACACUUUCUUGAAUAUGAUGAUCGACCAGUACUUCUCUCUUUAUCAA